GCGGGGCCGCCACCGCUGGGUCCCUUGGGGGCCCCGGAGUUGCAAGGCGGUGUCCGGGAGCCCCCGGAGGAGGAUGGGCAGCGGACGCAGCAAGCUGAGCUGCUGCAAACCACCCAAAAAGGGUACUCACGGGCGCCUCACGAGGAAACCAAACAUUGCUCAGCAGCAGACUGGGGCUGGAACGGCUGGGCUGUCCGUUGCGGUGUUGCUGGCCAGAGCUAGUGCAGUGAACACAGAGACCGGGCCGUGCGCGAAAUGCUCACAUUUGAAAAAGAGGCACCAAGAACCAGAACAGCCACACAGACCAGUGCCCCAGGAACUAGACCCCCUCAAUGAUGACACAGCCACCCCUGUCCAGCUCUGUGUAUGUGAGGAGACGGAGCAGCACCAGAAAACUAUAACCCAGAUUCUCCAGCAACAUGAAGAGGAAAAGACGCAGUGGGCACAACAGGUGGAGCGGGAACGGGGGCUGGAGCUCCGAGAGAAACUGGCUGAGCAGCGACUGGUCCUGCAGGGAGAGCAUGAUGAGGCCCUUCGAGUAACGACAACAAUGAGGUGGCCUUGUUGGGUGUAUAGAUCCAUGAGUUCUAACCCGUGUCUACACUGGGGCAUUGAUGACCACAUACAGGAUACAGCAACAAAAGACCAAGCAGAAGAAGCCAACAAUGUGGCCCACCCCACCCCCACCCCACCUCGAGGUGCAUGUAACGUUUGCUGCUGGCCUGUAAGGGUCAGGCAUGGAGGGUCUCCUUCUUGCCCCUUUCUCCAGGAGACCAUAGAUGGACUAACCUCACAGCUGCAGGCCUUCCAAGCCAAGAUGAAGAAGGUGGAAGAGUCUAUUCUGAGCCAAAACUACAAGAAGCACAUCCAGGAUUAUGGGAGCCCCAGCCCAUUCUGGGAGCAGGAGCUGGAGAGCUUGCACUUUGUCAUCGAGAUGAAGAAUGAGCGCAUUCACGAGCUGGACAGACGGCUGCUGCACAUGGAAACAGUGAAAGAAAGAAGCCUGGCGCUGGAGGAGAGAGUCACCGCCCUGCAGCAGGAGAACGAGGACCUCCACAUCCGCAGCAGGAAUCAGGGGGUGUUGGCCAGGUAGCCCCGCUCAGACCUCCCAGCGCCUUCCCUCUGCCCCAACCCUUUUGGCCAGGGGCGGACAGGUGGCCCCAGGCCUGCCUAGGAAGGUGACUCCUCUUCCUCUGGCAGGCAGGACUCCCAAGGAACCAGGAUCUGCUUGCUCCCUCCCUGGAUACACCCAGGCUGGGGUGGGGGUGGGGGGUGCUCCCUGGCAAAGCCGGACACAGAGGAAGCUCACCCACAGGACACUAGAGGAUGAAUCCAUCCUGAGAGCGUGGCCAAUGAGCACAGUCAUCCUGUGUCACACCUCAUUCAUUAAACACUUCCCGUAGCAGCUCACCUCAUCCUCACUUUAACAGAGGGAUGGGAGCUACUAUUAUAAUUCCUCCAUUGUACAAAUCGAGACCAAAACCGCCACCACAGAAA